GAUAUGAUAGGAGUUUUAUGAACAAGAGUAAUUUUUUUAAAAAUUGAUAAAAAAUAAAAAUUGAUAAAAAAAAAAGUUUCUUUUUUAAGAAGCCUCCCCCAAGGAAGCAAAUCUUCGUUCAGCGGUUACGCUGUUAUCCAAUCUCCAGCUUCAGAGCUAUUUUCUUUUUCUCCAAAAUUUCCAGUCACACAUUCUCGAACUUGGGACCCCAUAGAUUGAACUUCCAGUGUCCGUCUGGCCGUCUCUGAACUUCCAGUAGGUGGCAGUGUCAGUGUCAUCAAAUGUCUGGCUCAAAAGCAGGCAAAGAUAGUGAUGGUAGUAAGCCUACAAUAAAACGAAAUCUUCCCUCGUGGAUGGGGUCAAAGCAAGACACAAGUAAUUUUGACGGGGGCAAAAAAGCUCGCAAUGGUGCUCAAGAAGGAAAUGAAACCGACUCCGAUUUAUCCACCUCAAACUUCUCAAAACUCAUGGAGGGUGUUGUGUUUGUGUUAUCCGGCUUUGUAAAUCCUGAACGUGCUACGCUGAGGUCUCAAGCCUUGGAAAUGGGAGCUGAAUAUCAACCAGACUGGAAUUCAAAUUGCACCCUUUUGGUUUGUGCAUUUCCAAACACUCCGAAGUUCCGGCAAGUUGAGUCAGAUCUUGGGACCAUUGUGUCCAAGGAUUGGAUAGCAGAAUGUUAUAAACACAGACAGCUCAUCGAUAUUGAGCCUUACAUUAUGCAUGUUGGGAAACCAUGGAGGAAGCAAAGUGUUUGCAAAGAUAAUAGGUCACUGCCUUUGAGAAAAUCUCAAGAAAAAAUAGAAACCUCAUGCUCAGACUUGACUAAUCCUGCACCAUCUAAGGUCUGCUUGAUUUCUAUCAUCUUUUAGCAAAUGGAUACUAUCCAAUGACUAUUAAGUGUGUGAUUUUCUAUCAUUGCCAAGUCCAAUUUUAUGGUGGAAGCUUCAAUGGUGUUUGGGGCAUAUUUGCAUGACAGUGAAAAGUCAGUUUUUGAAAAUCUGAUAUCUACAAGGCUCAAGGUUUCUAGUUUUGUAGUUUUGUACAUGAGUUCAGUGUGUGGUUUUGAAGCCUUCUAUACAUGCCUGAUGUACAACUGCAUAUAUUGAAAUUUCCGAGAGGUCAACAUGGGUAAUGAAAAAGUUAUGUAAAUAAACAUAUCUGAAUUCUCAGUCUACUCUAAUUAUCGUACGUGAAACAGGGCAUACGCUCCAAUGGUUUCGAAGAAUGUUUCUAUCCUUCUAACGUGAAACAAUGGGUUGCUGAAGAUCUUAAUAGAACUAUUUCCUGGCUUGGAAGUCAAGACGAGAAGCCAGAGCCAGAUGAGAUUGAGAAAAUAGCAGCAGAAGGGAUCUUGACCUGUUUACAGGAUACCAUAGAUUCUCUAAAGCAAGGAAAGGAAGUGCAACAAAUUACAGAGCAGUGGGCAUGCAUCCCUCGCGCAGUUGAGGAGCUGGCAAAAUUUCAAGCCAGUGAAGGCCGUGGGGUCACCCGGGUACAAAAGGAAGAUCUCUGCAAGCAAGCUGAAUCCUGCAAACAGAUUUAUGAGCAAGAAUUCAGAAGCAGAAACCAGUCACAAAUCAAAGGGAGGGAGCCAAGCAUUACAGGUACUUGUGAUAGUGAUGAAACAAUUGAGAUGACAGAAGAGGAAAUUGAUAAAGCUUAUGAUUCUGUGUGCUCCACAAUUCCAAGGUGGUAAUUAGCUUUGUCUUGUCCUGUCUUUUUGAGCACUCUCUAUGUAACUCCUGCUUAAUUUGUACCUAAGGGAUUAUGCU